AUGAACAUAUCAAUCUUAUUUGUGACGAUCCUUGUCGUUACUAUUACAGGAGUUAUAGGUUCUGAAGUAAUACCUUUAGAUACCAAUAAUUUUGAAAGUUCUAUAAAGGAAGAAACUUGGUUUAUAAAAUUUUUUGCGCCAUGGUGCCCUCAUUGUAAGGAUCUUGCCCCAACAUGGACACAAGUAGCAGCUGACAAUGUAGAUUAUAUUAAACCAAAGAAAUUUCAUAUGGCUGAAGUUGAUUGCACGCUAUAUGGAGAUAUUUGUGAGAAAUAUGAUGUACAUUCUUAUCCUAAAAUGUUAUUAUUCAGCAAAGGGGAAAAAGUUGGAUCAUAUGAUGAUGAUUAUAAAAGAGACUAUGAUUCAUUAACCAAAUAUGUAAAAUCCAAAGCAGAUGAAUAUGAUAUUUCUUCUGCAGUUAAUAAUAAUGAUUCCGAAGAAGAAUCAGCUAAAUUCAAUCCAUUUGGAACUGUUGUAUUAUUAACUGCUAAAAAUUUUGAUCAAUUAACAAGUUCUGGAAUUUGGUUUGUAAAAUUUUUUGCUCCUUGGUGUGGACAUUGUCAAAAAUUGGCACCUAUUUGGGAGGAGUUGGGACAUGAAUUACAAUAUAAAGUUAAUGUUGGUAAAGUUGAUUGUACCGUUGAUUCUGGUCUUUGUGGUAGAUUUAAAGUUCAAGGCUAUCCAACUUUGAAAUUAUUGCAAAAUCCCGAUGAUAUAAUCGAAUAUAAGGGUCCUAGACAAUUAAAUAGCCUAAGAGAUUUUGCCGAAAAAGCUUCUCGUGCUCAUGUAUUAGAAAUUAGUAAAAAAGACCUUGAUAGAAUCCGGAAACUGGAUGACGUUCUUUUUAUUUAUCUUUAUGACGACAAGACACCUCAUAACAUUCUUAAAAAUAUUAGGGGAUUAUCUCGAUCAUUCUUCUCAGUGAAAUUCUAUUCUUCUAGAGAUUCCAAUCUUACCGCACAAUUAAAAGUAGAUAAACUUCCAGCUUUGAUAGUACUUAAGGAUGAAUUUCAAAAGAGCUAUCCUUAUACUUCCAUAGAAUUAUUUACAAAACGUGAAAAUCUUAAAGGAUGGAUACAAUCAGAAAAAUAUCCUUUAGUACCAGCAAUGGAUUCAGAGAAUUAUGAGGAUAUUUUAGGAGGCGAUAGAUUGGUUGUAUUAGGAGUUUUAGACCCAUCAGAAGGGACGAAAUAUAUUAAGGCAAAAAAGAAUUUAAAAAAUACUGCUAAAUUAUAUUAUCAACAGAUUAAGGAAGAAGGUGGAAGUGAGGAUGGAAGAAGGGUAAUAUUCGCUUGGUUAGAUGGAACCAGAUGGAAAGAUUAUAUUUACGGAGUUUAUGGACUACAGAAGUCGGACUUACCUACCGUCUUAAUUGCUGAUCCCGUGUCAAAUGAAUAUUUCGAUACUACAAGAUUGGGGGACAAACUUACUUUAUCGAAUCAAGGACAACUCUUAGAAUCUAUUCAUAAUGCCAAGAAAGGUUAUUUGGUUGGAAAAAGUACUUUGGGAUUUGUGGAAAAGAUAUUUAGGGAUAUAUUUUCAUUUGGAGUAUAUAUACAGCAAUCCAUUUUUGGUCAUCCGUUUACUUCUUUAACUGUUCUUGUUUUAAUAAUUGGAAGUAUUUAUAGAUAUUGCAUAGUUCUUAAAACAAGAAAUGUAAGAGAUUAUGAGCGUGAAAGUACCACGAUUAAUGAUGAUGGUUCAAAUCGAAUAAAAUAUAAUGUACCUAUUAAAAAUGAUGGUUCGACACAUUGUCGGAGUCCCCACGGUAUCUUAAAAUAUUUGUGGCAAAGUAAUUUUUCCGCUCCUGUUGAAGAUAUUUUAUUAUCGACUGGAGUAAUAUUAGAUGCUGGAUGUGGAUUCGGUGCAUGGUUAGAAGACAUGUCUGUAGAAUAUCAUAAACCCGACUUUGUGGGUGUAGGAUUAUUACCACAACACUUCCCGACUCAAAUAUCAAAAAAUGUUAAAUUCAUUCAGGCCGAUAUAUUAAAUGGUCUUCCGCUUGAAGACAAUCUCUUCGAUUUCGUUCGUUUAAGCUAUUUUGCGGCAACUUUCGCUCAUCACGAAUGGGAGGUUGCAAUAAAAGAACUAAUUCGUGUUACUAAACCCGGUGGUUGGCUUGAAUUCGUUGAACCUGAUUUGGAUCCGACAUCUACAGGACCUAUUGGUACCAGAAUCAUGGAGGCUUGGGAUAGGUUGAAUAUAACGGACAUAUUGGAAUUAAAAUUAAAUGCAUCAAAACAGUUAACAGAUAUUCAACAUGAUUCAAGGUCAUUAACAAUAGGAACGUUGGGCGGGGAAGCGGGAAUUUCUCACGGAAAGAAUAUUAGGGAAUACCUUGAAGUAAAUUCUCAACGAUUUUAUAUGCAUUUGGGAAUUUCUCCCGAAGAAUAUUCCAAAUUGAUAGAUGAUUUAUUUGAAGAAUUACAAUCUCGUGAAAUCGAAUGA